AUGGACACGCUCUACUGCACGAUUGACACUUCGCGAAUAGAAGAUGAGAAURCCAGGCCCUCGGCUGGGCUGGUCAGAGCGACAGUGGAGAACGAAGUGCGCGCCGAACUGGAUAAUCCCACUUGGCGAUGUAGGGCCGUGACGAAAGACCCAAAGAACCCCCACCGCAUCAGGAUUAGCUGCAGGGACGAAAGCGAACAUGAGGCUGUGAAACGAAUCGCAGAGACAAAACUAGCCCGAGGGACUCGUGUCCUAGGAGAUGACCUCUACCCGAUCAAGGUGGACAAUGUCAGUCGCACCGCGGUGCUGAACGAGAUAAACGAAAUUCGGACAGAAGCCGCCGAGACUCUUGGCCGAGAGAACGACACCGAGGUUGCAAAGAUAGCAUGGCUCAGCAAGAGAGAUAUUCCCAAAGCGUAUGGCUCGAUGGUCGUAUACCUCAAGAAGCGUUCGGAAGCUAGACGAUUCAUCGGCGAAGGAUUCUUCGUGGCUGGAGGAGAGGCUGGCACUGCAAGAGUAUUACGAGCCACAAAGCUUGCCAGUGCGACCGACCGCAAGUCUGCGUCAGGUGUGCGCGAGAAGGUCACCAUCAUAGCAGAUGCGCGGAAGCGGUCCCGAGAUGCGUCCCAUGCGGCGGCCCUCAUGAGUCAAACAGCAGAAAUUGUCAGAAACUAUAUCCAUCACAGCAUGAAUAACGGAUUCCGAUUGUUUCAACUGAAUGUAAGAAAGCAAGGGCCGGUACACGAGAGCCUGAUGAACGACAAGAAUAUUCAGGAUGCGACGGUAGUGGCCAUCCAAGAACCCCAAGCACGACGGAUGCAAGGAAAGCUAUUGACGGUGCCGAUGGGGCAUCACGGAUGGGUCAAGAUGGUGCCGACAGCGGAGAGAGAAGGUAGAUGGGUGAUCCAGAGUAUGCUUUGGGUGAACAAAGAGGUGGAAGCGGAACAGGUGUCAGUAGAGUCCCCAGAUGUGACGGCAGCGGUUAUUCAGCUGCCGGAGCGUCUGGUCUUCACGGCGUCUGUCUACGUCCCGGAUGGAGAUGCCGAAGCUCUACAGGGCAUAUGCAGUAAGCUUGGUAGGGCCAUCACGGAAGUGAGGCGAAGAUCAGGGAGAGUGGUGGAUGUGGUGAUUGCUGGCGACUUCAAUCGACACGACCAGAUGUGGGGAGGAGACGAUAUAGCGGCGGCAAGACAAGGCGAGGCAGAUCCGAUCAUCGAUUCGAUGAACAAUUUCAUGCUUCGGGGCCUUCUCCGGUGGGGCACAAAGACAUGGCAAAGCGGAGACUACGAAACAACGAUUGACUUGAUCCUUGCUUCCGAGGAGCUUCCAAAUGCGGAUAUCAAAUGUGGGAUACAUGGUACGGAGCACGGAUCAGAUCAUCGCACGAUAAAGACGGUGUUCGACAUCUCAGUUCCGGCGCCGAAGUAG